GUGUCGAAUGUUUGAUGAGGUUUGGAUGCUCAUUUCCCAUUUCAUUGAUUUUUCCACUUGUACUGAUUUUAAGAGAAAUUUAGACAUUUUGGGUUUAUUUUAAUUCCUUGCAAAGAUGACGGUAGAGUUUUUACAAGUUUGCGAAGAAGAAGGAGACGAUCCAAUUGAAUUACCCACUGAAGAGAAUGGCACGCUUCUGCUCAGCACUGUUGCGGCACAAUUUCCAGGAGCAUUAGGUUUAAAAUAUAAAGCAAAUGCUGAUAGUAAAACAUAUAGGGGUGUUCGUCUUUCUGACGGUGUUCUACAUCCCCCGCCUGAUGGAGGUUGGGAAUCAAAAUUAUUUGUUUGUUCCUUCCCAAAAGAAAAUAAACGUAAAGUUGAUGAUGAUUCAGCAGAGAAUUCUUCAGCUUCUAAAACAAAACGUUUGGAAUCUAGUAGAUGUACUGAUUUGAUUGUGCUUGGUUUGGCUUGGAAAACAGAUGAGAAAGAAUUGCAAACGUAUUUUGAGAAGUAUGGCGACUUAUUGGUAGCACAAGUCAAGAAAGACAGAGACGGUAAUUCAAAAGGAUUUGGUUUUAUCAGAUUUGGUCAGUAUGAGUCUCAGAUGAGAGUAUUAGGGCAAAGACAUAUGAUUGAUGGGAGGUGGUGUGAUGUAAAAAUACCAAGUUCUAAAGAAGGAGUUAUACAGCAGCUCUCGAGUAGGGUGUUUGUCGGCAGAUGUACUGAGGACAUGUCCUUAGAUGACUUAAAAGAGUAUUUCGGAAAGUUCGGCGAAGUAACUGAUGUAUUUAUGCCGAAACCCUUCAGGGCUUUUUGCUUUGUGACGUUCUUGGACCCCGAAGUGGCUCAGAAACUUUGCGGAGAGGAUCACAUUAUUAAAGGGGUAUCUGUGCACGUAUCUAAUGCUGCUCCCAAGCAAGACAAUCGAAAACAUUUUAAUAAUGACAGAAGUGGUGGAAACCGUGAUGGACCGGUCUGGUCAGACAGUCAAGGAUCAGGAGGCGGAGGAAAUAGCAGAUAUAAUGACACCGGACCAAAUAAUUGGGGUGGUAAUCAAGGUGGUUUCAGAGGAGGAAACAACAUGGAUGCGUCAAAUUUCAACCCAUUGAUGAAUCCGGCUCUAAUGGCGGCUGCUUUGAAUCAAGCUGGAUGGGGAUUCAUGGGCGGUGGUAAUAUGGGAGGUGGAGGAGGAAAUCAAGAUUCUGGAUACUCAGGAGGAGGAGGAGGUGGUUUUAAUAACGGAUCUGGAGGAGGACCAAAUAAUAACAAUCGAAAGUUUCAAAAUGGAAAUGGGCGUAACAAUUACUCCGAUGGAGGACCAUGGGGUGGUAACAGACCCCAAAAUCGUGGUGGCGGUGGUGGUAAUAAUAAUAAUAAUAGAUGGUAAAUUUGAAUUCCAAUUAUUUUUAUAAUCUUAACAUUACAUAUAAGUAUGUGUAGAGUGAAAUACAUUUUUUUAUCAGUUUUAAAGAGAAGAGACAAGAAUUUAUUGUGUAGGUACAUU